UACCUACCUACCUACCUACCUACCUACCUACCUACCUACCUACCUCCUAGGUAUACAAUAAUACUUAGAUUUCUAUUUCAUUUGCUUCCACAGAGAAGCAUCCAGACAGUUCUCAAGCACCCGAGACUGUAUUUGGGCUUCAUGCUUGGUACAUCAAAAACUUAUUCUGAGGGAUGUCCAAAACUCUGUUUCGUUUGACGGGCCAGACAUGGUGGAUGUUGAUGAGUGAUAAAGUUGAAUAAGUACCUACCUAGUACCUACUGACGAUAAGAAGUCCCAACGUGUUUGAAUUCACUUCCAACAUUCACCCGGUUGAUAUUGGCUCGAGAUUGGGAAGCUUGGAAAGAUUCAAUAUCUGUGAACGUUCAAUUCAAUCCUGGGUAGUACCUACCAACUGAUGACUAGCACCGCACUUGUACUCCGCAUCGUACCAGGCAACCGGACCAUUUCGAAAUCGUCGACCAAUGACAAUUGACUUCCCAGAUUCGAACCACUGUACACACCAAAACCAAGGCAACUAAUCAAAAACACCUAUACAAGGCUGCAGGUCGACAACCUUUAUACAGCUCUUUCCCUUGUUACCUCCAGCUUCAGAACUUCUUCGAUUCUUCAAAGAUCUUACGAUAAAGAGACUAACAAUAUCUUUGGACUACAGUACAAGAAGUUGAAUAUCAUUCCCUUCACCUUUUGAGAAUCGGAUCAAGACUUUGAUCUACAAACCCCCAACUCCAUCAACUUGAUAUCAAUCAUCUCAAAGGUACAUCUUCGAGCUGUCGUCAAGUCAAGAAGACCUUGCUACUUUUCAAGAUCCUUCUCACCACAAUAUCUUGUGAAUAAUUCCAACAGUAUCUAGUGGAUUCCACAUCGAAGCAUAUUUACAGUAUCAACAUCUGACCAACAACUUCAUUUUUACAGCAAGCUCCCGUCAUCUUUUGAAGUUACAGUGUCAGAGAUAUAUCCAAUAAUUGCGCUGCACGAUGACUCGCAAACACUUCCUAGCGGAUGUUAAAGAAGCGUCUGAGAAAGGCAUCCCUAAUGUUAUCUCAAUCAGUCGGGGAGAUGACGAUGGUGAUGUAAACUUUUGCUUCUUGCAUGAUUCUACAGAACCCAUAGAAAUUGGUCUCUUAGCACUAGAUGUUUCCGAGUACCCAAGUGGGAAUAAUUUUAUGAUUUUUACCAAGUCUGAAGGGGCUCCAAAGGCUGUCAACGAGGCACUGGAACGACUCAUGACCUCCUCAACUGGCGUGCGUUUACCAGAAUUGAUCAGCAGUAUUUCAAAAAAGCUUCACAUAUUACUUUCGGCAGGUUCGCGAAGAUCUCCUAUCAGUCUCGACGAAGAGGACGAAGAUGAUGAGAUGGAAGAUGCGGAAGAAGACGAAAGCGAAGACGACUCCGGCUUUUCUGACGAAGAAGAAGAAGACUUUCCAGACGAGCCCAUAACCUUUUCUAGCGGUAAUACUGUAUCGGUAUCGACUAGUAGACUCACACUAAAAGCUGCUGCACAACUGAACCGACGCAUUCGAGCAGACAUGCGUACUGUCCGAUUGCUGGGUCAUCGGAUCGGAAUUCUGAGCGGCAUGAAGGCUGAAUCCCAAAGUAGUGUCCUCAGCAUCUCCAUUCAGGCGACUAAGCUGGGUCUAUCGGAAGAGGCUAUGCAGGCUUGGGAUAUUGAGCCUCACCAAUAUUUGACCUUACUCAUACGCUACUCGGAUGGGUACAAAACGUACGAGGCACUGAUUGCCGAACCAGCCAAAAAUAGUGGGAUCGAUUUUCGUGUUGGAGUCUGUAAUGGUUACAAGCCAUCUGCAGUUGCAGCAUUCUCAGCGUUUUCGGACUCAAACAAGGUCGGCGAAAAAGCUUUCAACAGCGAUGGCUCGGAUUCACAGGACCACAGCGGAGGAUUUUUCAAUAUAUUCAUCAGUAGCUCCUUGAAUGAGUUCAUCAAUAAGAAGAUGAUAUCAAUGCUCAAGAUCCGCAACGCAACCGGUCUUGGAUGGGAGAACGCAAAGAAGUUCUUGGAUCAACGCCAAGGACGACCACUUGAAGAAAAUGCAGAUUUGUAUGCUGACAAUGACUACUCGGACAAGGAUACAAUCAAAAGUCACACAUCGCAGAUUCUAGCCAACGAUCAUCUUACCGAUAAUGAGAGUGGCAGCUUGUCAUUUCCGCUUAUUGCUGCACAAUUUGCGUUGAUGUAUCUAGUCCGCUGCACGGAAUUUUGUCUCGUCUGCCAUGAUAAGAUUACAGGAGGAUUUGAGGCGUUGAAACCUUACGUUUGCGAAAAGCCAUUAUGUUUAUAUCAAUAUAUGUCCUUAGGUUUUGGGCCUAGUGUCGAACAUGAGAUUAAAACUCAGCCCUAUGUUGUGGACCUUCUCCUGAACUUUUGUUAUACCAGUGCUUUCUACGCUCGGAUCCGUGAGUAUCCCACAGGCAUGAGUCUCUCUGUUCCCUCGGCCAUCAUCUCCCAAACGGCGGUGUUGCCAAUCCCAUCCUUCGCCCCGGCCCCAGCUGUUGUAGAAAAACCAAGCGAUGAUCGUCGAGACAAAGAAUUCAAGAUUAAGUAUAAUAGCGAAGCUUGUGAGUUUACGUUCGAGGAAAUGUCUGAGAUCUUAAACCCUCCUAUUCGCAAAGGAGAUUGGGUCCGCAUUUUGCUUGGGCCCGGACCAGAUACCGUAGCUCAAGCACUUCAUUCUAGAGUAGAGGAUGUAACCUCGAUGCCGAUCGUAAAACUUUCGCAACCAAUCCCGCAAUCAAGUGCAACACCAACAGACAACACCACCAACAUAAUUGCGGCUCGGAUAUCUAUUUACAAUCGCAACUUCGACGAGAUGUCUGUCUCAGAAAAAUGCAGUACUAUAACAAUGCUUCUUGACACUUUACCAACCAUCCAGGAGUUGAGAGAAUAUAUCGAUCGACAGAGCCGAACUGAAGAACCGAACCUUCGUAAAUGGACAGAGCGUAUAUCCCCAGCCGCUCUAGGUUUACUACGAUGGGUUAUAGCCUCUAAUCGCUCAUGCCUUGUUCAAGUCGAUAAAUGCCCUGGUCAAAUUGAUAGUGUUUUGGCUGAUGCAAAAAUUAGACCAGAUCAAAAGGUCUCUCAAAUUGGGGAAAAUUGGAUGCAGUUUCGUUUCGCACAAGGAUCGCCAGACAAGGAAGAGCGUUUCUUAAAUGCUCUCAAAGAACAGCAGGCCAGUUUGGAUCCAAAGUAUCCUACUAUCUUUGCUUUUCAUGGCAGUGGGCUGCAAAACUGGCAUAGUAUCAUUCGACAUGGAUUAGAUUUCAAAGAAACUCUCAACGGGCGAGCAUUCGGACAUGGCGUUUACCAUGCGCAAGAUCAAACUAUAUCUUGUCAAUAUAGUGGUGGUGGUCGAAACUGGCCAGGUUCCUGGCCUGGAACUCAACUCAAGAUUACGUCUGUGAUGAGCAUUAACGAGAUUAUCAAUUGUCCAAAACAGUUUGUUAGCUCGAAUCCAUAUCUAGUAGUACAGCACAUCGAUUGGAUUCAAUGCAGAUAUUUGCUCGUUCAAAUUGAAGGGCAGGUGAUUGCAACUCCAGCCUCGACUAGGGAAAUUCAGGCCGAAAUCGAGCAGGAUCCCAAAUAUACGGCAAUAUCCACCAACAAGAAACCUAUCGGUGUUCCAUACUGCGCUGCCUCAAUCUCUAGAGCAUUUCGUAAUGAUGGCAUCGGCAGUUCUUCCCCAUGCAAGAAACUGAAAGGAAUAUCUUCUUUGAAUGGGACUGGAUAUGUGAGCGAAGCAGAGGACAUUGAGGAUAUUAACUUUCUGAUUUCUGAUAAUGAAGAUGAAGUGGGAAUAUUAUCUUCCAGUUCCAAGAAUCUAGAGACUUCAAAAACCGAUUUUGUUCCUGGAUCACUUGAUCAAAGUAAACUUCCAAUGCUGGGGCCUCCAGCUUAUGCUACCCCGUCUGCAACUAUGCGUCUCAACAGAGAGUUAAAAGCCAUCCUUAAGGUACAAAACUCUACACCCCUUCACGAAUUAGGAUGGUAUAUCGAUGAAAAUCUUGUUGAUAAUAUAUACCAAUGGAUCAUCGAGCUACACUCCUUUGAGCCCACUUUACCACUGGCCAAGGAUCUCAAAGAAUCGGGCCAAAACAGCGUUGUUAUUGAAAUUCGCUUUGGGAAAGAAUAUCCUCACAGCCCGCCAUUUGUACGAGUUGUCAAGCCACGAUUCUUACCCUUUAUGUCUGGUGGCGGCGGUCACGUAACAGCCGGUGGAGCAUUAUGUAUGGAGCUUCUGACAAAUUCUGGCUGGAGUGCCGUCUCCUCGAUUGAGUCUGUUCUCUUACAAGUUCGUCUUGCACUUAUGAGUAUGGAUCCAAAGCCUGCACGCUUAGAAAGCAAAAAUCCACAGACUCAAGGUGAAUAUGGAACUCAAGAAGCUAUGGCAGCUUUUAUCAGAGCGUGUAACAUGCAUGGAUGGGAGAUACCGAAGGACUUUCAGGACUUUGCUGCACCUGGUCCUAGUCAAUUUUAAAUUUGGGAAGCAAUAUUCGGGAACACCAUAGCAUUCAAUAAUUGAAAGAAGGGAGAUAGGAGUGACAGAGAAGAGGGGAAAAGGGGAAGGAUUUAAGAUUUGCUUUUACUUCUUUGCUGGUCUGGUUUUAAUUUCUAUUGGGCGGGCUGGCUGGCGUCAUGAAAACUCAA